ACAACUUAUUGUACCGUUUCAGUCACUUCCUACAGAGUCGAGUCAACGGACUGGAGUACCGUUCCUGUAUUCCGAUAUUACGUUAAAGUUUAAUGAACUUGUAAAGUGAACCCUUUACUUCCUUACUUUAUAUCCUGCAGUGCGGUGCAGAGGAAAAAAGGAUCAGUUGGUGAAAUAUCAUCAUGUCAGUGAUUUUAAAAGGAGCAGUUAGGUUGUAUUACUACCUAAAUGAAGAAAUUGCAGACCCGCGCACACAGGACUGGUUCCUGAUGCGCACGCCGUGGCCGGGGCUGGCCGUGCUGCUGCUGUACCUCGCCGUGGUGUUCAAGUGGCUGCCCGGCCACAUGAGUCGCCGCCCCGCCUACGAUCUCAAAACUCCGAUAGCGGUCUACAAUGCGAUACAGAUUAUAGGAUGCGGGUAUCUGGUCUAUCAGAGCAUGGCACUGGGCUGGAUGCGGCACUACAAGAUGGUGUGCCAGCCGGUGGACGACGGCCCGUAUGCCGUCGAGUUCGCGUGGAAAGUCUGCUACGGAUACUUCGCUAUUAAAAUGGUCGAUCUGUUGGACACUGUGUUCUUCGUGCUGCGCAAGAAGCAGAACCAGGUGACGUUCCUGCACGUGUACCACCACUUCGGCAUGGUGGCGCUCGCCUGGGGCAUCGUCAAAUGGGUGCCAGGAGGCCACAUGACGCUGCUGAUCCCGGUGAAUUCGCUGGUGCACAUGGUGAUGUACGGCUACUACCUGCUGAGCGUGUGGGACGACAGCUACAAGAGCUCCCUCUGGUGGAAGAAACACGUCACGCAGAUACAGAUUACGCAAUUCGUAGUGAUGUUGGUCCACAUGAUGACGCUAGCGCUCGCCACCGACUGCGACUACCCGAAGCAGCCCGCCUACAUCAUCAUACCACAAAACCUCUUCAUAGUGGCGCUGUUCCUAGACUUCUAUGUGCGCGCUUAUGUAUUGCAGCCCAAACAGGCGAAGGAGACGAAUGGAGUUAGAAAAAAGGAAUAAAUAUUUUAGAGAUAGUU